UCUUUUGCCUGACCAACCCUGUUUUUGGCUGCGUACAUGCCACAGCUGAAAACUUGUAGAAAUUAAUUUCAAAAACACACGUACAAGGAGAGAGACCCACAUAGAUUCGAGAAGGAAAAGAGCAACUGAGUGACAGGCAUGGGGUUUUUCUCUUUUCUCGGCAGAGUUCUCUUCGCUUCCCUCUUCAUCCUCUCAGCUUGGCAAAUGUUUAACGAAUUUGGCGAAGAUGGUGGCCCUGCUGUGCCGGAAUUGAUUUCCAAGCUUGCUAUUGUCAAGAGGCAUAUUUCCUCUCAAUUGGGGGUAGUGGUCCCGGACAUUGAUCCUAGACAUUUGGUUGCGGGCGUGAUUGUUCUAAAAGGUCUUGGGGGCUUUUUAUUUGUAUUUGGCAGCCCUUUUGGUGCUUAUCUCCUGCUUACCUACUUGGCGCUUUCCUCCCCAAUUCUGUACAACUUCUAUGACUAUGAUCGGGAUGAGUCCAAGUACUUCGUUCUCUUAAAUGAAUUUUUGCAGAGCGUUGCACUUUUUGGUGCAUUGCUUUUCUUCAUAGGGAUGAAGAACUUGAUUCCAAAUCGACAGCUCAAGAAGAAGACUCCCAAGGCAAAAGUGGGGUAGGCA